AUGACACGAGGAUUCGCAACCAUUACCCCUCAGUGUGAGGAGGUCUUUGACCAGGUCAAAGAGACUGACACUCUUGACUGGGUCACCUACAAAGCUUCCGCCCACGACAAAAAGAUCGACGUCGCCAACUCUGGCAAAUCCAAGGACUACGCAGACUUCAUCUCUAACUUCCCAGAGAACGAAUGUCUCUACUCUGUCUAUGACUUCCAGUACGACUCCCCAACUGGCGGAGAAAAGCGUCACAAACUGGUUUUCAUCACCUGGUAUGUUAUCUCGUAUGACUCUGACCCCGCCUGGGUUGGUCGCGUGAUGUCGAUGCAGCUUGCUAAUUGCUCAAUCUCUCACCCCAGGGUUCCUGAACAGGCGGGUAUCCAUGACAAGACCUAUUACACAACAAACAAAGAUCAUCUUUACCGCGCGUUUGAGGGCAUCAGUCUCCAUGUGCAGGCACAUACCCCGGCGGAAUUAGCUCAUGCUACCAUCCUGAGCCAGUUCAAGGUUCUCUGA